UGCAGGUGUAUUAUGUCUUUGCUGAGCUCCUUUACCCAACUAACGCAAUCUCAGGCCUUAUUUUCUUGGCUAAUUUUCAAAAAUCUGCGAUUUAACCUGACAUUAUAUGUUUUAUCCUUCAUCAAUAAUGCGUGAUUUUACUGAGAAUUUGUCAAAUAAACUGUAUGAUAAGAUAUGAGUGACCCAUUGCUGUGAGAGUGACGGCAAUGUCUAAAUACAUGGCGUCUAAAUUUAGCACUGGGCAACGUAAGAAUGUAACGGCUUAUAUGUCAUUUGGCCGGACCCUAUGUCCACUUAUUAAUACACUGAAUGUCUUUUAAACGACACCGGUCUGCAGCACUGCUUUGGCAGAAGCUGCGCUAGUCACAAUAGUGUAGUUUGCCUUCGUUGUCGCAGGUGGUUUGCGUAAAGGAGCCAGCAAAACAAACGUGUGAGGAUACUGAGCACUGUGUAGCAUGUUUAGACUAAAGCAGUGUGAUCGUGGGAUAAACGCAUGCUCUGUAGUUGUUAAACCUGUCUCCUGAAUUAUGAGCUCAAGGACUACAUUCUUAAAUAUUUCAGUUAGUAAUCAGCCAUAUGCUAAACAGAAAUAAAACCCUCUUUAUUAAGAACUCCAGCCUUAUACUCUCCCUCACUGUCAGGUCUGUAGAUGUAACACGGUUAACCGAUGUACUAUGAGAGGGUGGUUUUUCAUUUGCCCACAUUCAGUGCUGGCAUCACGAUUCAUUCCACCGGUACAGCCAAAAUAAACUAAUCCUGGCUGAAUUAAAGUAGGCCCCCCAUGGCUUCUUGGAUAUUUUUUACCCUUUAUCCGUCUUUUUGAUUUGGAGGCUUGGAAGUGGAUUUAAACCAUGGUUAAGAUUAUGUGUUGAGAUUUUGGUUUCGGAUUUUCGGAAAUAGCCAUCUGUGUUAUUUGCUGCUCCGUUGUUGCAUUACCAGAAGUUUAAGUAGGAGUUCCUAUCUUGCACAGUUAUUGUAUUUAUUUGAUAUUAUGUAGAGCAAUAUUAGGGUAAAAAAGUAAAAAAAAAUUCUAGCUGACAACCUCAAGUAUGCUCUAAUAUCUUGGCCAAGUAUAUACCCCUGGUAACCCGUUUAUUAGGUACACCUAGUCAAAACUAGUGAUGUCCAACACAAGAGUCCGCCUUGAGUGGUAUUGUAUUCUGUUUUAGUUUAAAUUAUGUGAGAGAGUUAAUUAUUGAACUCAUAGGUUAUUUCAGAGACUUUUUUUUUUAUCGCAUUAAAGUUCUGCCUUGACCAGGACCCUCUUGCAAAAGAGCUUUUUAAUCUCAAUAAGACUUUUCCUGGUUGAAUAGCCUAAAGGUUAAAUAAUAAUAAUUUAAAAAAAAAAGAAAAUACAGAGAGGUGUUUCGCACAUUUAGCCCAGUGGUCCCCAAACAUUUUAGAAUAAAAAAAACCUUCAUUUAUGGUCCCUGUCCCAUUUCUGUCAGAGACCAGUAUCUGCAUUUUCUCUCAAGAUAUCUUUCCACACCUAACUUUUUCACACUUGUGUUUAAAAAAAACAAGUUAACUUAAAUACAAGUUUACCCACAUUUGUGUAUCAGAAGAACUUUGAAAGGCCAGCCUAAAAAAUGAACACGAAUCAGCACCUCAAUAUAACAAAAACAUCUAUAUAACUCUUAAUGUUAAGGGAGGUAGGAUUUAUACAGGAUGGGUUGUUUCAGACUGUAUUAGUCUCUGCUGUACCUCAUGAACUAGCAGCUGAGUGUAUAAUAGUAACGGUAUUUGCACAGCUUGUUCACAUCAUACAAGUUUCCCUAUUGGAAGCUCAGCCCUCAGAGCAGUCGUUUCCCGCCCAUUGCCUAAAACUGCCCCACCCCUUGCUGUUUCACUUGGUUUCAUAAUACUGCUCUCUCUGUGCGCGGAGCUUACCCAAGCAGUCUCUGUAGGAGUAGCUGUCCUGGUGAGGAGUCUUUUUAUUACAACAGAAGUAAGGAUCGUCAUUCUGUGUCCUGUCCCUGCCAGCCAUUUCCGUCAGUUGGCGACCGGAGGAGAAGAGACAGGUCAUUCAUUACAGCUCCGUCAACAAGAAGCCACAGCCAACAUGCAGGAAGAGUUUAAACAAAGAAGAAUGAACAUGGAUUUUUCCCAACUGCACACAUAUACACCGCCUCAGUGUGCCCCAGAGAACACCGGCUAUACCUACUCUCUCAGCUCCAGCUACUCCACAGCGGCGUUAGAUUUUGAGAAGGAGCACCAGAUCGCCGCCGUAUACGAGUCACCCAGGAUGUCACGGCGGAGCCUGCGCCUGCAGACUGGUGCCGGUCACUAUGGCAACGAGAGCCUGGCUGAAUACUCCCAUAACCACAGCAACAGCAGCAGCAGCAGCUACACCAGCACCAGGAAAGAGACACGGACGCUGCGAGGCAAAAAGCAACAGUCCAGUUCCAGCUCCCGGUCUCUAUCCUUAAGCCAAGCUGCCACACCGAGGAAAACCCUCUCUUUCUCAGCCGCUAACACCCCAAUUACCAGCAGCAGUGUCAUUCAUGAAAGCAACACGCUGUCUGAUGGAUCUCUCCUCACCUCCAUCAUGGACCAGUCCAACCUGAGACAACGCACCGUCACCACGACCACAACCACCACUUUUGUGGAUGGGCACCAGGGGAGGAACGACCACAGCUCAUCAAGUGGGAACGGUGACGCCAGCGCAUCCAAGUCCCACACCCCACUCGCCAACGGCUACAUCUGCAAAGACUGCUCGUUUCACUCCGAGAAGGACUCCCCUAUCACACGUUCCUCUUCAUCAUUAUCAUCAUCAUCUCAGGCUGCAGAAGCUUCCUCGGGCGCCCUCUUUUACUCUUCCUCCGACGCCCUCUUUUCCUCUUCCUCGUCACCCUUCACAAGCAUAUACUCCAGAGACAGGAAUCGAAGGAACAAGACAGGUGUCCUGGUGUCUAUGUCUGACACGUGUGUGCGCUACAGCAAGCGAGCGCUGGCUCCCAUAGUGUCCUUAGUCACCCUGCUCUUCAACAAUGUGCUCUGGCUCGGUUCAAGGGCAAAGAGCCCGUCAGGAAAAGGUGUCCUUGCGUCGUUUUCGGAGUCAAUGAAACAAGUGGUGUCCUCCAGUUUUUCCCAACUGCGGCUGUUUAAGCAGAACACUCUUCACAGGAUGAUGGGCCACAGGGCUAAUGGCUAUGAAGGACAAGCUCACUCAAGUUUCUGUGGGAGCAUGAAUGUGAAGGACCUGGUGAAUGACGAUGCCUCACAUCUUAAACUCAAUGGUUCCCUGUGCGAUGACUGUAAAGGGAAGCAGCAUUCAGAGACACACACCGUCCUUCUCACGCAGUCCUCCAGGCCUCGACGCCUGGUGGGGGCGCUGUGGAGCGUCCUAGCUUAUGCAGGUCACUGUCUCCUGCAGCCAGGGUACUGUGUGGCGGGAGCCGGCAAAGCGUUGGGAUCAGGGGUCGGGACGGUGGUUCGGACAGUGGUGCAGAGGCUGCUCUCUGUCUUCUGGAUGCUCCUGGCUGCUCCAGUGACGACAGGCAGAGGACUCUUGUGGUUUCUUGCAACAGGAUGGUAUCAACUGGUGUCUCUCAUGUCUCUUCUCAAUGUCUUCUUUCUGACACGAUGCCUUCCCAAACUCUGGAGGCUCCUGCUAUUCCUUUUGCCCCUUUUGCUCCUCCUUGCGUUUUGGUUUUGGGGUCCGUCCACUGCUGCACUACUUGCCUACCUCCCAGCCAUAAACCUAACAGAGUGGCGUCCGGCGUCUCCCAUCACCCUCCUGUCUAACUUGGUGCCAGCUUCUGCUCCAGCCCCUGCCUCUGUCCCCAUCCUUCCACCAGAGGCUCCGAUAGAGCAGACCCCAGCCACCCCGGUCUCACAGGCACCACCAUUCCUCCCCCCUGUGGCAGUCUCUAGUAUUGACUUGGAGCGUCUGGAACGUGUGGAGCGCCAAUUAGCCCUACUAUGGGAUCGAGUCCAGCAGACUGACCAUAAGCAGGAUCAGCGUCACGAGGACAUAUUGGCUCGCUACAGCUCCCUGAAAGAGCAUCUCCACACCGAGACAGACAGGGAGAGCCUGGGACUUUGGGUGUCAUCCCUGCUGGAGAACAGACUUGGCGUGUUACGGGGAGAGCUGGAGCAGGAGAGUACACACAGAGCCCAGAGUGAAGAGCAGCAGAACAAGCACCAAGAGGGUCAGGCAACACGGCUGGCUGAUUUAGAAUUGCUGCUCAACGGGCUGGCUGCCAAGACUGAGGAGGUGCAACAGAGGCAGCAGCAGUAUGAGCACGAGAAGCAGGAAAAAGAGGAGGAGGUUGUCCCUUCAACAGCAGACCCAGUUCCUGUCAGUGUGGGUGUGAAGCAGGAGGAACAUGAUGCUCUGCUAGUGGAGGUGCAGAGACUUGAGAUGGAGCUGGGCAAAAUCAGACAGGAUCUGCAGGGCUUUGUGGGAUGCAAGGGCAAGUGUGAGCAGCUGGAAACACUGCAGGAGACGAUAUCAGCCCAGGUAUCCUCCCAGGUAUCCUCCCAGGUGCGUAAGGAGUUGCAGGCUCUGUUCUUCGGCAGCGGUGGGUCAGGAGGGGAGCAGGGAGAGGUGCCUGAGUCUCUGAUCCUCUGGUUGUCUCAGCGCUACGUCAGCACACCCGACCUGCAAGCCUCACUCUCCUCACUGGAGCAGAGUAUCCUGAAAAACGUGUCCCUGCAGCUGGAGCUCAGCCGUGCUCAAACCCUGGGUGAGGCCGAGUUCCAAGCCAAGAGUAUCGUUCAGACGGUGAGCGGGACCGUCCAGCACACUGCUGCUGCUGAGGGACUGACAAAAGAGCAAGUGAAGCUGAUUGUUCAAAACGCUUUGAGGCUCUACUCCCAGGACCGAACAGGCCAGGUGGACUAUGCCCUGGAAUCUGGAGGUGGCAGCAUCCUCAGCACUCGCUGCUCUGAGACAUAUGAGACAAAGACGGCUCUCAUGAGUCUGUUCGGCCUGCCACUCUGGUACUUCUCCCAGUCUCCACGGGUCGUGAUCCAGCCUGAUGUGUACCCCGGCAACUGCUGGGCAUUCAAAGGUUCUCAGGGUUAUCUGGUUAUCCGACUGUCCCUCAGGAUCCUGCCCACAUCCUUCUGUGUGGAGCACAUCCCCAAGGCCCUGUCUCCUACCGGAAACAUCACCAGCGCGCCACGCAACUUCACUGUUUUUGGUCUUGAUGAUGAGUACCAGGAAGAAGGGAAGCUGCUGGGGAACUACGUAUAUGAGGAAGAUGGAGAGUCACUGCAAACCUUUCCUGUUAUGGAGAAGAAUGACAGGGCCUUUCAGAUCAUAGAGGUGCGUGUGCUGUCUAACUGGGGUCACCCAGAAUACACCUGCAUGUACCGCUUCAGAGUACACGGAGAACCUCGGCCUCAGUGAAACAACCACUGCCAUCCACACUCAUAGAUGACAUAUCACAAUAUCUGUACAUAGCUCUCGCCAACUUCGUUUACAAAGCGGAAGGGUUCGGCAGAACUCUGCGGACGUUUUUGUAUGAAAGACAAUGAAGUUGUGGGUUGUAAGGAAUGUUUCCUGGCUGAACCAUGAACAUGUGUUUUACAGUCCUUAAGAAUCACAGGAUAGUCUGUAUGGGGACAGAAGAAGAAGAGAACCUCAGAAGAAGCUAAUACUCCCAUUCAUCUUUUCGUAAAAAUGCCUCUUGCACUGAAUCGGCCCGUUAGGGGCAACAGGCUCCACGGAGCGGACAAAUCCAUCCCUCUCUUGGCACCUUCCACUCCUACAGGGAGCUGGACGCUUAAAAUGAGGUUUAUGGAACUAUAGACACAUUUCCAUCAUUUCCUCAUCGGCUCAGUCUGAUUUGGUUUCUGUGCUUAAUCAUCUAUAUUUAAGUUUGAUUUCCUGUGAGUCUACUAUUUUCAGGAUCAAAGCCACUUUUGCCUGUGAUACUGUACAGGCAUGUCACUCCCUUUGUUGCUGUCAAGUCUCUGCAAUGACUUUACCUGAGCUGUUUGGGCAGCCUGCAGAACUGCACACCACUCACAGUGGGUGAUUACUGGAUAUAUAAGGUUCACUACAUUCAAGGCUUGCCAUCAUGCAUCCACAAAGCCAUAACUUUUUGUCUUCGGGAACUGAACAUGUUGCCUAUGGAUAGGCUCUGAAUGUCUCCUGAAGUGAUCGCUUGAUGCAAAUCCUCCUUUAACUUCACAUCAACAGAAGCAAUCAACACUAUAUAACCACUGACCUGAGCUUUGAGUUGUUUUAGGAGGUUCCUCACUAUGUAAUUUAGACAAGAUAUGUGUAUGGACUCCAGGAUUCACUUUUGCAUGUGACUCUACCCAAACCAUACUCCUUACUUUAACAUGCAUACUGGAUUUACAGGAGAGGUGUGAAGGUUUUGGGCCUGUGCCUGGAUCUCAAAAUGCUAAUGACAGAUUUCAAAACCUAAAUAAUGACUGUAAUUUAGCUUUCAACAUCUCACUGUCUAACUCUAAAUAAUUUAACUUCUCCUGUAGACAUGAGUGUGAUUUUUCUUUUCUGUUUUCUCUGAAGAGGCGACUGUGUCUCCCUCUAGCUCAGUUAUAAACGUCCUCCUCACAUGGGCUCCUCUAUUCUGAAACCCUGAAGGAAUGUAUUCUGUAUAUUUUAUUGUUGAUAGUUGGUCCUUUAUAAUAUCUGCUUUUAUCAGUGUUGCUUUAUAAAAAAUCAUCCUUUCAUAAUUAUAAUUAUUAUUGUAUUACUACCAUUAUUUCUACUGUUAUUCAUCGUGUUUUCCUUUUUUGUUUUGAUGUCAAAGGAUGCACUGGAAUGACUUGUCAUUGAAAUGUUUGUGUGGCACAGGUCUUCACAAUUUGUUUUUUUCAAAUUGAGGGUGUAUGUAUUCAUUAAUUUUGGUUCCAAAUAUGGGGAAGUCUAAAAUGUUAUGUAUAAAAAAUGUUAUGUUCACAAUAUUAUUUAUUAACAAGUCAAUUAGUGACAGCAAGAUAUGAGUUACUUCAAUGUAUAUUUUUGUCAAAAGCUGUUCAGUGCAUUUUGGAAGCAUCUUGGGACUUUUUUUUUUUUUUAAAGAUAAAUGGCUAUUUUUGUUCAGUCAUGAGAUGACUUAACUGCUUUGGAAUGUAUUCCAAUAAAGAUUUUAAUUUUGAACAA